AUGAGAACUGUUUCUCUUGAAAUCGGUGCUCUAGUCUUCGGACUGUUGAUAAUUAUUUGUCACACUGAGACGACGACAAAGCAGGCAAUAGUUAAACCUACUGGAGAUCAUCGAUGUACAAAACGACAAAAUGGUCAACAGCUAUGUUUUUGCGGAAAAAAUAAGCGCAUAUUUGAUCUUCUGAAAGGAGAUCGAUGUGUGAAUGGACAGAUAGUCCGAAAAAGUGCUGGAUCAAACCUAGCGGGUCUUCGAUUAACAACGAAAACGAUCCAUCAAUCUACUCGUGAUGAUAAUAAGGAAGCGGGUUGUUCGGGCCUGAUCUUCAAACCACCAUUGGCUUCAUCUAAAAAGGCAUAUGUACCGCUUCGUAAUGUGUCUGUUGAAGCAUGGAUUGAUACUUUUGCUGCUGACGUCACAGUGACCCAAGUAUUUGUUAAUGAAGAAAAAACUAAUAUUGAAGCAGUGUAUGUCUUUCCAAUAGAUGAAAAUGCUGCUGUCUACUCGUUUACGGCUCAAAUCGACGAUCGAAUAAUCACAGCUUUGUUGAAAGAGAAGAAAGUAGCUGAAAAAGAGUAUGAAUCUGCUGUUCAACAAGGUCAAACAGCGGUUCUGAUGCGACAAAAUAAAAAAACUUUGGAUACAUUUACAAUAAAUAUCGGUGCUUUACCACAUGGAAAAGAAUGUCGAGUAAAGAUCCAGUAUGUGACUGAAUUGGAUCUAGUGGAUGGAAGUUCAAUUCGAUUUGUUGUUCCUACGACUAUUGCUCCACGAUACAAUCCAUUGUUGGAUCAUCUCCAAUCACCGGACAAUACAAAAAGUGAAUACGUUCAAAAUACUUCCUACUCGAUGUGGUUUCAAGCACAUGUUCUUCGAAGUGAAGAGUACAAAAUUACACAAGUAGCGAAUCUUUCCCAUCCUGUGAAUGUUAGUGUGUCACGUCAAUCAAUUGACAUAUCGAUAGAAUCGAUUGCUCUUGAUCGUGAUAUCAUUCUGGAUAUUGAUCUACCCAACAAUCGACCAAUGACCAUGGUCGCUAUGGAACAAUCCAACGAUACUUCGAAACAUGCUAUUCUUCUAGCAUUUACUCCAACCCUUGGUGACGUUAUGAAAAUUUCCAGUGGACAUAAUGAGACGAAUGCAGAGUUUAUCUUCAUUGUGGAUUGUUCAGGUUCCAUGGCAGGAGCCGAUGGAAUCGAUCUUGCCAGAGAGGCAAUGCUUCUCUUCAUACGGAGCUUACCUAUGGGUGCUCAUUUCAAUAUUAUUCGUUUUGGAUCACAUUUCGAUAUUCUAUUCAAAAGCGAGGCUAUGACUACGGUUUAUAAUGAACAAACCGCAAAAACAGCAGAACAUCUUACACGUUCUAUGACAGCUGAUUUUGGUGGAACAGAACUGCUGGAACCUCUGAAACAUUUGAAAAGCCACCCCCCAAUCGAUGGGCGAUCAAGACAAAUCUUUUUGUUGACUGAUGGAGAAAUUUCAAAUACGAACAAAGUGAUCGAACUGUGUCGUUCAAUGUCUUCAACUACACGUAUAUUUUCUUUUGGUCUUGGCCAUUCCCCAUCACGUUCACUGGUCAAAGGACUUGCUCGUACCACAAAUGGUCACUUCGUUUUCGUCCCUCCCGGUGUCAAAGUAGAUGCAUAUGUAGGUACUCAGUUUGGUCGAGCUCUUCAACCAUCAAUUGUCAAUGCUCAACUUAAAUGGCAUGGUUUAUCUGCAAAUGGAUCACAGGCUCCGAAAACGAUUCCACCUGUUUAUGUCGACGAGCGUGUCUUAGUUUAUGAACUGUUGGAUAGUGACGAUUUCGCAAAACACAAUGUCAGUGUAGAUCUGAUGGUUGGCGAACUUAAAAUUGGUUCGAUUAAAUUACCGAAAAACCGACCACACAAAACAGAUACAAUUCGUCGAUUAGCAGCUAAAGCUUUGAUACAAGAAUUGCAACAUGAAAAGGCUGAUGCACAUAAUCAACAGUACGUAAUAAAGAGUGAAGAAGAUUUUUGUCUAGCAAAAUCGAUUGAAAUGACUAGAAAUCAUUGA